AAUUUAUUUUUUGUUCGCUGUUCAAGAAAUUUUCUUUGGUUGGCCAAUGUUGCCCAAAAGUUUUUCUGUCGAUAAAUCCGGCAAAUCUUAACUCGGCCAUUUUUUUGAAAUCUGGCGGCAUUUUGUUUCGAGUUCCAACGCCACCGUCACCCAUCGGCCGAGUUUCGAGACGGUCGAGUGCCAGAUGCCAGUUCGGAAAACACGAUUACUAGUUCUUGAAGGCCCGCACGUCCCAAGUCGUUUUUCCCAUUUGGAACUGAACGAGAGCCGGCAGGGGUCCCAGUCCCAACUCCGACCUCGGCCGCCUCCUCGUCCAAUUCAACUCGGAGGACGCUUUCGGUGAGGUUUCGUCUAUUUUCGUUGUCAGAAAUGACUUUCAUAAUAAAACGUGAAAGUGGAUUUUCCGAAUUUCAAACUCUCCAGCACAACUCCGCUGAAGAAUACGUCGUAGAACCUUGCAGGGAAAACAUUUGAAAUGGUGCAGACACAGGUACCUCACGCUCACAUCAAGUACAGUUACGCAGAUACACUAUGGUGCACGUACAUAAUUUCGGUAUUUGCCGCAAGCAUAGCAGAAGUCUUGACAUACCCUCUGGAUUUAACAAAAACCCGGUUGCAAAUACAAGGUGAAGUUGCAGCACAAAAUGGGACACACAAGACACCAUAUCGGGGUAUGUUGGGUACUGCCCUUGGUAUAGUGCGAGAGGAAGGAUUUUUGAAGUUAUGGCAGGGUAUUACGCCUGCUAUUUACAGGCAUGUCAUCUACUCAGGAAUACGAAUAGUUUCAUACGAAAAAAUGAGGAGGAGCGUUCUGAAAAAGAAUGACGACGGGUCUUUCCCAAUAUGGAAGUCUGCAAUCAGCGGAGUCACAUCUGGGGUUGUGGCACAAUUUUUUGCUAGCCCUGCUGAUCUAGUCAAAGUUCAAAUUCAAAUGGAAGGCAAGCGUAGACUGUUAGGCAAAGCAGCAAGAGUUCAAAGUGCAAGUCAUGCAUUUCAAAAAAUUUUGAAUGAAGGAGGAAUCCGAGGCUUGUGGAAAGGUUCAAUACCGAAUGUCCAGAGGGCUGCUUUGGUCAACCUUGGCGACCUAACGACGUAUGACACAGCCAAACAAUUUAUUCUGUCACACACCAACCUCGAAGACAGUCACACAACACAUGUUUUAUCAAGUGGAUGUGCAGGUCUGGUUGCUGCAACAAUGGGAACACCUGUAGAUGUUGUGAAAACAAGAGUCAUGAACCAACCGACUGAUGGAAAGGGGCGGGGACAGUUGUACAAGUCUUCAAUCGACUGCCUGGUCAAGACUGUGAACAACGAGGGCUUGUUCGCCCUCUACAAGGGUUUCCUCCCAGUGUGGAUCCGAAUGGCGCCAUGGUCACUCACUUUCUGGCUUUCCUUCGAGCAGAUGCGUAGCAUGAUUGGAGCCACUGCUUUUUAAUAAGGGAGCAAUUGAGGAGAAAAAAAUUUGCACUUGACAUAUUUAAUUAUGUUUGUAUUAAUAUUUGUGUGAAAGAGCCAAAUCUUAA